GUGCAAGCAGCCCGUGCGCGCCUCAAACAUCAACUGUGAACUGCUCAUCGAAUAUCUCUGGGUUUGAUAGCCCAUCCCACUGACAACAUGAAUACCCCCAUCCAUCCAGGCUAUGCCCGCGGCUUCCCACAGGCCACCGUCCAACGCAACCCUGCCACACCUCGUCGCGGACACCCAGCAGCAGCCCCAGCGAUGCCAGUCCCGAUGCAACAAGCGGCCGUGAAUGUCCCGUACAUGGCAACACAGCGCAACCAUCUCGCGCAUUCUUCCGAAGCCGCGCUCCGUCGCAGUCGCAAGCCCACGGACAAGAACCUUCCAGAUGGCAUCGAAGAUAUUGUGAUCGGAGAAGGGGUUCAACAGUACAAGAGCCUUCGCGAGCUUGAGAAGCGACUAGACGCCGCCGUCGUUCGCAAGAGACUGGACAUUCAGGAUUCCAUCAGCAAAACAGUCAAGAAAUACCGGACUAUGCGUAUUUGGAUUUCCAAUACGGUUGAAAACCAGCCGUGGCAGAAUGACGCGGCCGCAUUGAAUGGCAUCUCCGCUCCAGGUGCCACCCCGGGCUCCGGGCGCUACAAGGUAAGAAUAGAAGGAAGACUGUUGGAAGACGGUAGCGAUCCUACUGAGCCGGAGGAAAGUGAGGAGGAUAACAGCGGGGAGACCGGUGGCGAUGAUCCUGCAAAGAAAGAUGAAACUGCAAGUAGUGGGAAUAAACUAUCCGGCCAUAAACGGACAAAGCAGCGCUUUUCUCACUUUUUCAAAUCGAUCACUGUCGAUUUUGACAAACCAUCUUUGGCAAAGCCAGAAGAAUUCAAGCCGAUUGUUUGGAAUAAGCCACAGCUGCCGCCGAAUACGGUUUCGCUCCCUCCCAGCGCGGACUUUGACUCGUUGCAGUUUUCUCGGUCUUCGCAAGAGAACCUGAAUGUUACAGUCAGUCUGGUGAGGGAUGAGACGCCGGAACGGUACAAGCUCAGCAAAGAACUUGCGGACCUUCUUGACGUCGAUGAGGAAGAUCGGAGCGGAAUUGUUCUUGGUAUCUGGGACUACAUUCGAGCCAUGGAGCUACAUGGGGACGAAGAGAAGCGAGUGGUGCGCUGUGAUGACCGCUUGCGAACGAUCUUCGGUCGGGAGCAGAUGUACUUUCCUCAAAUCCCAGAUGCCAUAGGUCCUCACACGAGUCCCCUGGACCCUAUAAAACUCCCCUACACCAUCCGGGUCGAUGAGGAGUUUCACAGAGACCCGACUCCAACCAUAUAUGACAUCCGCGUUGCUGUCGAAGACCCUCUUCGCACAAAAAUGCUCGCCUUGACCCAGAACCCGCACUACGCUUCAGGUCUCCGCCAGAUUGCUCUGCUAGAUGACCAACUGGCCCUCAUCAUUCAGGCCCUGACUCACUCUCGAGCCAGACACGCCUUCUUCACCGCCCUGAGUAAAGACCCUGCCACCUUCCUGCGCAGAUGGAUCAAUUCCCAGCGCAGGGAUUUAGAGACCAUCAUGGGCGAAGCCACGAGGGGUGGUGGUGAGGAUGGUAGUGGACCCGAGUUCAGACGUGGAGGUCAGGAUAGUGCUUGGGACACGGUUGUUGCCAGGGAGGCAGUGAGAUACAUGCUUGCUAAACCAGAAGCCGCAGCUGUGAGGUAGGAGGAAGCUUCAUAUUUUUUUACCCUUCUUCUUUCCCCGUCCCUUGUAUUGUAGAUUAUCCUUCUGUUUUGUGCGUCUUAGUUUGUUUUAUUCUGGGCAUUUGAAUUCUGGAAAAAAACUCCGGCGUCUAUCUACUUAUGUGCGAAGCAGGGUGAUAUUUCAUUUCAUUCUAGAGCUUAAACGAGAAUGAGCAGGAAUUAAAGAGCUUUACUUGCAAUUGUUACUCUAGUCUACUUCUUUGAGCUUUAUUAUUAACAAAGCACAGAAGAAGACGGAGCUAAUCUAAUAAACUACCGAAAGUUCAU